AUGGCCCCAUCGAGGAUCAUCGAUCUUUCCUAUCCUCUCGGCUCCUCUCUUCAGAUUUACCCAGGAGACCCGCCAUUCGUAUGCCGUCCCAUGUGCACUGUCGCCGCGGACGGCUACAGUGUGUGCGCCCUGUCCUUGGGAUCGCACACCGGCACGCAUCUGGACGCCCCGGCGCACUUCAUCGCUGAUGGAGCGACCAUCUCUGACCUCCCGCUCGACCGCCUCAUCGGGCCCGCCUUGGUCCUUCGCUUCGCCGAUCUCCAACCGCGCGAGAAAAUCACCUGGGAGCGGCACUUUGCUCAGAGUUCAGAGCUGCUUGCCGAGCAUGCUCGAUCCAUCGGCAUCGUGUUGAUUCAUACUGGCUGGGCGCACCAUUGGGGAACGCCAGCGUACUUCGAUAGCCCAUUUUUAGCGGGCGAGGCAGCGAAGCGGCUCGUGGAACUCGGCGUACGGGUAGUUGGAAUCGACACCAUGAGCCCCGACGAAGUGCCUGCGCCUGGCGGACCGGAGGAGACAGCGGGCGGGUACGCAGCGCACGAAACGCUCCUAGGCGCAGGCGUGGUCAUUGUGGAGAAUCUGCGGAAUCUGGACGAAGUGGAGAGUGGUAUGGUGGUUAGCCUCGCUCCUCUGCACUUGGAGGGAUGCGACGGCGCGCCUGUCAGGGCGUACGCCGUAGUGGAAACACCAGUCAGCAAGUAG